CCUACUGUACCACAUCUACCUUCGGGGAAUGGACUGGAAUGCCUCUUUCAGCUCAAAUUGGGAUGGGGUUCAGCCUUCAUACCCUCCCUCCCCUCCUAUGCCUCCCUUCUCCCCUACCCCCCAGCACCCCCAAGGGGAACUGGUGCCAUAGCCAUGACUGAGGGUCAAUCAUUCUCCUGAUAGAAGUUACAACAGAAGAAUUGCCUCCAUCAAUUAUUACAUUUAAUUAUUUUUAAUAUUAUAAUAUUAACUAUAAUCCAGAGUUGCAAUCUUAGGUAUACAACUAGAAAUAUGCCAAGUCACCACAAUUUUCCAAAAUGGAGAUAUAUGUUUCUUCAUUGCAAAGGUUGUGACUAGAGCGAGUACAACUAUGACCGGAAGUGACUUUUCAUAGCAGGUUAGGAGAGCAUUUUAGCUAACCUUAACCAUUUUCCUAACCUUAUCCUAAGUCUCCUAACCUGCCACGUUAAUUAUCCUAACCUGCUGUGUAAAUUCUCCUAGCCUGCUACAAAAAAGUAACUUCCGGUCGUAGCUGUACUCUCUUUAGUCAGAAUCUGUUGCAAGGGUUUAGUUAUUUCAGACCCUGUUUGCUUUACACUAAACAAUAAGGCCUGUGUAAAGUGAAAUGUUUGUGUCUGUGGUCAAGUGUAAAUAUGGAGUAAACACCAUAGAGCGUGUAGUCUCACAUCCCUGGUUGGAUACAGUACUUUACAAACAGGGUUUGUUAGAAUCAAAAAAGUGUAAUCUCCUUGCUAAAAUUAUUUGUCCAUGUCUAUUACUAAAUAGACCCUAUAUUGCUCAAGCAGGAAUUAUAGUGAUGAAUCUAAUGUCCAUAAAUAUCAGGUUGUGCUAGCUGUUUGUGGAGAAUGACUGACCCUCGUAUCAAGGCAGAAACAGUCCCGACAGACAUUUCUGACUUGAAUGGUGUCUUCCUUAAAGGGGUACAGGGAAGAAGAAUAAAGCCUGGCAUGUUUCUUUUGCAUCCAAACAUUUACAUUCCUUAUUUUUACAGUCAUUAACUUUUUGUAAUCUUUUCUCUGUGUUAAAAUCCAGAGUUAAUUGUGUUAACCCCCCUAGUGCCAAUCUGCAGUGAAAGUUUUAUUAAAAUUGGUGUCACAUGGAUUGACGCUGGAGAGAUGAAGCAGGUACAAGGAGUCAAACAUUUAAUAAGGAACGGACAUGGAACAGCGUCAACAUACAAGAAACAAUCAAUGCAUCAGCAGGGAACCUGACAAAUAUAGGGGAGGUAAUAAACAGAUGAUAAGUGAGUCCAAUAUUGCUGAAGCAUGUGACGAGGGAAGGUGGCAGGUGUGCGUGAUGCAGGGCAGCCUGGCACCCUCAAGCGCCAGCGGAGGGAAGAGUGGGAGCAGGCGUGACAGUAAACCCCCCCAGGGGCGCCACCCGGCGUCUAGGGGUGCCAACCGGCCGAGACAUGUGCGCUGGGCAAGCCAACGAACCGGCAGGAGAGUGAGAGUCUGGCGAACCGGCUGAGGCAUGGAAGCCAGACAAUCCGACUCAGGCAAGACACCUGUCGAUCCUUCUGCAGAGAGGGAGCCCGAUGAUCUGGUGGAGAGUGACGUGGGAUGGGAAGCUGCCGAGCCAACCAAGGCAAGGAAAUCUCUCGAGCCAGCCAGGGCGUGGAAGCCCGAUGGGAUGGCUUAGGCACCCCCGGUUCCAUCGACGGCGGAAUCCUCCCCGACGCCACCAAAAAAACUCCUGGACCGGCUGGGUGAACAAGAACUGACGAUCCGGCUGAGGCCUGACGUGGGAUGGGCGCCAUCCGAGCCAUCCGGGGCAAGGAAACCUCUCGAGCCAGCUAGGGUGUGGAAUCCCGACGAGCUGGCUAGGCACCCCUGGUUCCAUCGGUGUCGACCCAGAGCCGAUGUCAUCAUACCAACCGGAAUGCCAGUACUCCCCGAUGCUUCGUGUGAUGGCGGAUGCAUUCUGUCACAUGGAAUUGACGCUGGAGAGACGAAGCAGGUACGGGGAGUAAAACAUUUAAUAAAGAACGGACAUGGAACGAGACAGGAACAGCGUCAGCAUACAAGAAAACAAAGACAAUAAACAAUGCAUCAGCAGGGAACAGAGCAGGGAAACGGACAAAUAUAGGGGAGGAAAUAAACAGAUGAUAAGUGAGUCCAGUUUCCUAGUCUGUCCAGUGGGCUUGACUACAAUGAGCCCACUGUCACUGAUGCAGAGGGAGCUUUAACGAUGAACUUCUCUAACAAGGUGAAGGUGAUGGUAGACAAUGAGCUGCUGGGCUAUGCCUGUGAACAGUUCCUGGGGAAAUCUGUGAUGGAGAUAAAGAGUGUCAUUCUGCAGACCCUGGAGGGUCAUUUACGCUCUAUUCUCGGUACUCUGACGGUGGAGCAGAUCUACCAGGACAGAGACAGAUUUGCUGCUCUGGUGAGGGAGGUGGCAGCGCCUGACGUGGGCCGCAUGGGCAUCGAGAUCCUCAGCUUCACCAUCAAGGAUGUUUAUGAUAAAGUGGAGUACCUGAGUUCCUUGGGCAAGAGUCAGACAGCUGCAGUACAGCGAGACGCAGACAUCGGAGUGGCCGAGGCAGAGAGAGACGCAGGAAUCAGGGAAGCAGAAUGUAAGAAAGAGAUGAUGGACAUCAAGUUCCAAGCAGAUACCAAGAUGGCCGACUCUAAGAGAGGGUUGGAGAUGCAGAAGGCUGCUUUCAAUCAAGAAGUCAACACAAAGAAAGCAGAGGCCCAGCUGGCCUACGAGCUGCAGGCUGCCAAGGAGCAGCAGAAGAUCCGUCUGGAGGAGAUCGAGAUCGAGGUGGUUCAGAGGAAGAAGCAGAUCACCAUUGAGGAGAAGGAGAUUGACCGCACUGAGAAGGAGCUGAUCGCCACAGUCAAGAGGCCGGCCGAGUCUGAGGCCUACAAGAUGCAACAGCUGGCCGAGGGACAGAAGAUGAAGAAGGUGCUGACGGCCCAAGCGGAGGCAGAGAAAAUCCGUCGUAUCGGAGAGGCAGAGGCCGGUUCCAUAGAGGCUAUAGGGAAGGCUGAGGCUGAAAAGAUGAGGCUGAAGGCUGAGGCCUACCAGCAUUAUGGAGAGGCUGCCAAGACUGCUCUGGUCCUAGAGGCCCUGCCUAAGAUUGCUGGCAAGGUGGCGGCACCCCUGGCCCAGACUAAUGAGAUUGUCAUCCUGAGCGGGGACGGUAGUCGUGUGACCGGCGAGGUUAACCGCCUAUUGGCUGAGCUCCCCGUGUCCGUCAACGCUCUCACAGGGGUGGACCUGAUGAAGAUCCCUUUUCUUCAGAAGAUGACCAACCCUCAAGCAUGAAAACAAUCCAAUGCCCCCCGACUCCAAUACAUCUCUCUUAUGCGCUCUUUAAAUCAACAAGAAACACUUGAAUACAAGAGUUGUUUUUUUACUACGAAAGAGUAGUCGUUCUCAUUUCCUAGACCCCUGGUGCCUUGGCUCCUAUAGGACCAGAUCAUCUGCAUGGGCCACUGAAUGUUAUUCUUUUAAAGAACAAAAAAAGCAACCGUUCAUUUUAUAUUUUGUUUUUAAGAAGUUACCCCCAUUGUGUUGUACUUACACUCGUCUACAUUAUAGAAAAGGGGCAUUCAUCCUGAUUUUUCUAGUCUGAAAGGUCUCGCCUUGUGUCUUUGUAGUUUUUUUCAUUGUGUUACAAUUAGUACCUUGGAUAUGCCCAUGGUUCUUUACAGUUACUUGUGCAAGUGUUAAGUAUUUCGUCACCCAUUUUUAUUGUUUCAUUCUUAUGUGCCUGUUAACCAACCAAGUGGCCAAACCUCAGGAAAAGUAAUGGUUUGGCAAUUCAAAAAGUUUAGUGAUACUACAGUGAAAUUCAAUGAGAGAUGUAGAAAUGUACUCCCCCAUCCUCAUAUCAUUUGCCUUUUUCUUUACUAGAAUCUUCACUUCAUUCUUUAUCUUGUGUAUGGGAGAGGUGUGUCUUCUUAGGACAAGACAUGCAAGACGCAGAAAUUAUACACAUGAACAUGUGUGCAUCGAUCUUCAUGUCUGUAUGAAGCCAUAUACUUUCAAGAUUAGCCUUAAUAUAGAGACCCGGGAGUCCUGCUAGCUUUCCUGAUCAUCUGGAUUACCUCAGUCAAUCUAAGCUUUAAUACUUGUUCUACUUCUUUCCAAUUAUUGAGAUGUCAUAUGACAAUAUGCAUUUCAGUCCGUUAGGGUAGCCAAUGUUGUGUUAUGUCACCUUGUGGUUCCAUUCUUAAAUUACAUAUACAUUUUUAUAAAGGAUUUAUCUCUA